UCCAAACCUUUUAAAAAUUAGCACUACAGUAUUUAAUAAGAUUUAAGAAACGUUGACUUGAAGUUUUUUAUGCGUUUCUUUAAGUGGAGUAAUUAACCAAAGUUGGAUGCAUUUUCUUAAUUCAUCAUUGUCUAAUUCUCAAAUCUUAUAAGUAUGUUUAUAUAAAUUCUUAUCAUUGCCUUGUUCUCUCUCUAUACUUACAUAAAGGCACAUCAAUUUGCUUGAGAGCUAUAAAAUUAAUUAGUAUCUGAAAGAUUAAGCUUAACUCUUGAUCCAUGGAUUCUUCAAAAGGAACAUCAAAUGAAGCUAAGGGUGUUGAUGUUUACACAGCAAAAGGAUUACUUGCUACCGGAUAUCGGUAUUUAGAUGUAAGGACAAAUGAAGAAUUCGAAAAAGGACAUGUUGAAGGUGCUCUCAACAUUCCUUAUAUGUUCAUAACUGAAGAAGCGCGAGUGAAGAAUCCUAACUUCAUUGGCCAAGUUUUAGAAGUUUGCAAGAAGGAAGAUCACUUAGUUGUGGCUUGCAACAAAGGUGGUAGAGGCCUUAAAGCAACAAUUGAUCUGCAACAUGAAGGCUUCGAGGAUGUUGCCAACAUUGAAGGGGGUUACUCUGCUUGGAUAGAUGCCGGAUUUGCUGGUGAAAAUGCAGAAAAACUUGCUUGCAAGUCCCGUCCUUGAAACUUCUAUGCUACAUCUAUAUUAGGGCAAGAUUGAUUAAUGAUUGUCAUGUGAACUAUGUUUCAUUUUGCUUGUGAUUUAUGAUUAACGUUAAGUUAUAUUUUUCA